AUUAUUAUAUGCCAUAGGGAGAGAUAGGAAUAAUCAAAUGUUCCCAUUAGCUUGGGCUGUGGUUGACACCGAAAACAAAGACAAUUGGCAGUGGUUCAUGCAGUUAUUGAAUAUUGACAUCGAAUUUGGUGAAGGAAUGGGUUUAACAAUAAUAUCAGACAUGCACAAGGGAAUAAUAUCAGCAAGGGAAGCUGUUUUUCCAUAUGCAAAGCACAGAUACUGUGCAAGGCAUGUAUACGCAAAUUGGGCAAAGAUUUGGAGAGGGGAGGAAUUUAAAAUAAGAUUAUGGGCUAUUGCUCGAGCUAGCUGGCCAGAGGAGUACGAGCACCAAAUGAUGCUGUUGAAGAAGCUAUCUGAGGCUACUUGGACAGAUUUGCAGAGAUAUGAUCCAAAAAAAUGGUGCAGGGCAUUUUUUGAUGAAGAGCCUUGUUGUGAUGUGGUUGACAACAACAUGUGUGAGUCUUUCAAUUUUUGGGUUAUGGAAGCAAGGUACUUGGCUAUUAUCUCCAUGGUUGAUACUUUAAGAUCUCAAGUGAUGGAGAGAAUUGGUGAAAAAUAUGCAUUCAUUUCCAAAUGGAAAGGUGAUAUUGCACCAAGAGCUAGAAAGAAGUUAGAGGCCAACAAGAAAGAGUCAUCUUCAUGGAAAUUGGUUUGGGAUGGAAGAACUGGAUUUGAGGUGAAGCAUGUACGGCUGGAAAAUAGUAACAGACAUGUGGUUGACUUGAUGAAGAGAACCUGCACUUGUAGAACUUGGCAAAUGAAUGGCAUACCUUGUCCACAUGCUGUAUGUUAUAUGUACCAUGAAAAUUUGGUACCUGAAGACUUUGUUGCUGAUUGGUACAAGAAAGAGAAGUAUGCCUUAGCUUAUGGCUUCCCUAUAAAGGGAAUGUGUGGGGAUAAAUCAUGGCAAAAAUUUCAUGGUGAGCCUUUGAAUCCACCCCCGGUUAGAAAAAGGCCUGGAAGGCCAAAGAAAAAUAGGAGAAAGUCCAAAGAUGAGCCCAAAAAAGUGUCUGAGGCAGUUAUACUCUCAAGGAAAGGAAGAGUCAUGACUUGCUCUAAUUCUAUUGCAUCAACAAAUGGGUCAAAAAGAAGGCCAUCUGUAGCUUAUCAUCGAAAACCUAAAGCUGUUAAGACUAAUGUGAAUGUCAAUCCUUCACAAGCAUCAAAUGCCCCAUCUUGCCUAACAUCACUAGCUGAAAACACUAUUGUUUCACGUGAGCAGCCACAAUCUUCAUUUGCAAAUAAGAAAGGAAAAGAAAAGACUGGACUGCAUACAAAUGUGACAGUUAGAGAAGCUGUAAAUGAGCAAAUUGCACAAAGCAGUAGUGGAGGCCCAACUGCUUCAACUAUAGUAAUGGAUGGUCCUUCAACCGAGCAAAGGAACAUUUUUGUGAUGCCCCCAACUGGAGAUAACAUGAGUUUGGCUACUGAAGAUAAUUUCUGGGCAGCACUUUGAAGCCUUUUAAUUAUGCUAUAUUGCUGAAGUUUAUGUCUUUUGUGUCUUUUGUGUAAUGGAGAAUUUAUGGGCAGCCAAAAUUUGUGUCUUUUGUGCACUAGAGAAUUCUUAGGCAGCUGGAGUUUGUGUCUAGUGUGUUGCACAAUUUUUGUGGAGCUUUUAAUUAUGUUUGCACUUUUGUAGUACCAUAGAUUAGUUAACAUAGCUUUUGUUAUUUAUGACAUGUUUUAUUGUGGUGAUGAACCAUAUUUGGGCAUGAUUUGUUUUUGUUCAUGCACUCUGUACAAGUGCUAUGUUAAGCUAUGAAACAAUGCUAAGUUUAUAAGAAAGGAUAUAAAAGUUU